GUCACUUCCGGCCAUUUAAACUCGGCGUCGGCGGGGCGCAUUCGGGGAUGGCGGCGGCCGAGCCCGCGAGCUCGGGGCAGGCGGCGCCGCAGGGCCAGGCCCAGGGCCAGUGGACGCCCCCCGCCUCCCCCGCGCCGCCGUCGCAGCUCGGGGGCCCGGCGGGCGGGAGCAGUCGGCACGAGAAGAGCCUGGGGUUGCUCACGGCCAAGUUCGUGUCGCUGCUGCAGGAGGCGCAGGACGGGGUGCUGGACCUCAAGGCGGCUGCAGAUACUCUGGCUGUGAGGCAAAAAAGAAGAAUUUAUGACAUCACCAACGUCUUGGAAGGGAUCGACCUGAUUGAGAAAAAGUCAAAAAACAGCAUCCAGUGGAAAGGUGUGGGCGCGGGCUGCAAUACGAAGGAAGUGCUGGAGAGACUGCGAGACCUCAGAGCUGAGGUGGAAGACCUGGACCUGAAGGAAAGGGAGCUGGAUCAGCAGAAGUCAUGGCUGCAGCAGAGCAUUCGCAAUGUGAUGGAUGACACCAUCAACAGCAGAUUUUCCUACGUGACCCACGAGGACAUCUGCAACUGCUUCCACAGUGACACACUGUUGGCCAUCCAAGCACCUGCUGGCACGCAGCUGGAGGUCCCGCUUCCGGAGCUGGGUCAGAAUGGACAGAAGAAGUACCAGAUCAACCUAAAGAGUCACUUGGGCCCCAUCCACGUGCUGCUGAUAAAUAAAGAGUCCAGCUCGUCUCAGCCUGUGGUUUUCCCUGUUCCCCCACCGGACGACCUCACGCAGCCCCCCUCUCAGCCUUCUCCCCGGACUGUGCACAAGCCCAGCCCCACCCCGCCGAGCCCUCCGGGGCCACCCGCCUCUGAGAGGACCCCUGGCCUCGAGCACAUCCCGGCCACAGACUCGGCUUCAGGAUCUGUUACUGGAGAUAUCAUUGAUGAGCUGAUGUCUUCUGACGUGUUUCCUCUCCUGCGGCUCUCCCCAACCCCCGCAGACGACUACAACUUUAAUUUAGAUGACAGUGAAGGAGUGUGUGACCUGUUUGAUGUCCAGAUACUAAAUUAUUAGACUGGAAACCUGGGACAGUUAUCUACCUCUAACUGAAACCUUGUAGACUUGCUAAUCACCUGAUAUUUAUAAUGAAGUAACACCUGAUUAGGUUGUUGAUUCCGGUGUCUACUUCCCUAACUCUUGCUCUCUGACUUCACAAAAUGUCAACUGUGAAAACAAAGGGCUCUUCGAAGCCCCUAGGGACUGCAUUCUGGGACUUCAACUUCCCUUCCAAUUCUAACUCCGGUUUUACUCUUAUGAGAUUAAAGUUAUAAGGUUAAAGGUCAUCGAAAACCAAAAUGGCCAAGGGCUCCUCACUUACUAUUAUUUGUGUUCCACUUUUACUGCCACGAAACUGUCCUAUUUCUGCGCUCCCAUCCUGACGUCACUGCCACGUAUGAAGUGAAGAUAUCCAAGAAGCUGCGGUCACUUCCGGGGAAGAGUUUGUGAAGUGCCUUCGUUCUAGCACUUUAAGUUCACCACGUUUGCUGACUCCUGACAUUCCACUUCCUGGAUUAUAGGAGAGGGCUGUUUAUGUAGUUUGUUUUAAAAUGUGCCAAUGUCUGUACAUUAACAAGAUUUUUAAAAAUAAAGUUGUAUAGAGCA